AUGGCAUCCAACCUGAUCUCCAAAGGCAACCUCGACCCUCCCCUUCUUCUCUGGAACAGAUCGGCCGAGAAAGCAAAGGCCUUCGCCGAAGGCAAAUCCGUGACCCUCGCCUCCUCGCUCGAGGAAGCCGUCGCAAAGGCAGACAUCAUCUUCUCCUGCAUCUCCAAUGACGCCGCCGUCGAGAGCGUCUACGAAACCGCCCUCAAGAUCCCCGACGGCGUCAAGGGCAAGAUCUUCGCCGAGUGCUCCACCAUCCAUCCUGACACCACCCGCGGCCUCGAGAAAGCCACCAAGGCCGCCGGCGGACUGUUUGUCGCCGCGCCCGUCUUUGGCGCGCCUGCGAUGGCGAACGCGGGUAUGCUUGUCUUUGUCCUCGCGGGAUCAAAGGCCGGGAUCGAGUCCAUCAAGCCCUACCUCGACGGCGUCAUGGGCCGCAUGUCCAUCGAUCUCUCGGACGACCCUGAUGUCGGAAAAGCACUCACCUUGAAAGUCAUCGGCAACACCGUCAUCCUCGGCAUGGUCGAGUCCUUGUCGGAAGGCCAUGUCUUGUCCGAGAAGACCGGUCUCGGAACCGAGAACUUUGAAAAGUUCAUUACCGCGAUGUUUGGACAGUCGCCGUAUCUGCCUUACAGCAAGCGUCUUACUGGUGGUGAUUACGUCCGCGAUAAGCCUUUGUUUGGCGCCGAUCUGGCUGCUAAGGAUGCCCGACACGCACUCAGCCUGGCAAAGUCAUCAGGCACAACGAUGCCGAUUGUCGAAAUCGCCGCGCAGCACCUCAAAGAGGUCGAGGAAGAGCUCGGCCCGAAGGGAGACAUUGCUUCGAUCUACGGUGUCGUGCGUAAGAAAGCUGGUCUUCCUUUUAUCGAGAAGAAGUGA